AUGUCCGCCCUGCGCGCCCCCGCCCGCCUCACCCGCCGCCUCCCCCCCGCCCACCGCCUCCUCAGCACCACCCCCCACCGCCUCGCCGACCCCCAACGCCAACAAAUCAGCAUCUCCCCCGCCACCCCCCAUAAAAAAUGGGCCGACCUCUCGGCCACGCAGAAGGCUGGCCGCACCGCCAGCACCGGCGCAAACCUCAUCACCAUCGUCACGGGGAUGGCCAUAACCGGCGCCGUGUUCACGCUCCUCUACUUGGAGGUGUUUGCGCCCGACAGCGCCGCAAACUGGUUCAACACCAUCCACGCCCGCGUGCGCGCGGACGAGCGGUGCGUGGGCCUGCUGGGCAACAGGAUCAAGGCGUACGGCGAGCCGACGUCGAACCGGUGGUCGAGGAAUCGGCCGAUUGCGUUAGUCAAAGGCUUGGAAGGACAAGUAUGGCGUGGAGCAUCUGGCUCUGCAUUUCAACGUAACUACCCUACCCUACUCUACCUGACUGCCAAUGAUACACUUUUGUUUUUGUUUUUUGCUUUGUUCUACGUCCAGUGGCGGAUAGCUGACAUGUGGGAACUGGUGGCUGGCGGCGGCCCAUUUCGUGGACCACUACAGGUAGAAGGGCACAUUGACCGCGGCGUUGUGAACGCCCACCUUGUGAAACGGCCCGGCGAGAGCGAGUAUGCGUACCAGUAUCUGUUUCUCGUCGUCCCAGGGAAACCACCGAUAUACCUCGAGAAGGACGAGUCCAAGAUCGAGCGCGAAGGAGGCCCCAAGAAGCGGCUGUUUGGCGUCCAGUGGGGCUGGUAG